AUGUGUCAGUUUUCUUUUUGUAUUUCUUCUUCUUCUUCUUCUUCUUCUUCUUCUUCUUCUUCUUCUUCUUCUUCUUCUUAUUUCCUAGUUUGUUCUUUGAUACAAUCCUUUAUCUAUUGUUUAAACCUUUUUGUUGCUUUUGCCAAUUUCACUCGCCAGGUGGCGCACUCUACCGUACAAAACCAGACUGCCAGUUCGCUUAUCCGGAAAAAGCCACAAAAAGCCGAUUUAGGCUUUUUCUUUUUUCUUUUUUUUCUUGAUUUUUAUUAUAUAUUUUUUAUUGGAUAUUUUAAUCAUUUUUUUUGUUGCAAGUUUAUCCGCGCCCAGUUGCAGUUUCCCCACUCACAAACUUGCUUUCAAGUUUGUUAUUCAUCAACUUUGUUUUUCACUUUUACGACUUUGCUUUUCGUCUUGGCUUUCCUUUUAAUUUCAAUCUUUUAUUCGGCGUUUCCUUCACUCAAAGAUUUUGAAUCUUAUUUUACAAUAUCUCUUUCACUUUUUUCUUUACUAUAUCUUUUUUCCUUUUCUAUCUUUUCUCCUUUAAUAUUUCAUAUUUAUUCGUAUUGUAUUCUUUCUACCUUUAACAUGUCAUGUACAUUGUUCCUUGAUAGUGAUUUCAUUCUUAUUUCUUUACCAUAUCGUUUUUUCACAUUUUUCUUUCUUCUUUUAAUAUUUCUUUUUCACUUACUUUAUCACGCGAACUUAAACAUGUCUUUCACCCUUCUCUAUUAUUUACUAUAUCUCAUUCACUUUUCUUUCUUGCUUUUCUUUCGCUUUGUUUCCAUCUUUCUUUUGUCUGCAUUUCGUUCUUUAACAGUUCUCUUUCAUUUAGCUUUUCCCCCUUUAUUUCAGGUAUAUAUUUUUUUUACUUUUCUCUCUCUCUGUCUCUGUUUUCUCUUUGUUUUGUUUGUUUAUUUCUUUAUUGCCAUCCUUUCCCUUGUUUUUUCCUUAACAAAAUCUUUUAACGUUUCUCUCACACUUUCUAUGGUUCGUUCGUUUUUUUUUUGUUCGUUAUUUCUUUCUUUCUUUCUUUCUUUUUUCUUUCUUUCUUUGUUUAAAACUUUUCUUUUACUUUCUUUUCUUUCUUAA